GCCAACCGCUUUCAGACAUGGCGGAUUACAGGUCCGAGUGGCUCCGAUUGCCCGGCUCCUGGUCGCACGGGGUCACCCGGGACGGACGCGUCUUCUUCAUCGAUGAAGAAGCGCAAAGAACAACCUGGUUACAUCCAGCGACCGGCGAGGCCGUCAUCAGCGGACACCGCAAAACGGCAGAUCUACCAACCGGCUGGGAAGAAGGAUACACCUUCGAAGGGGCGAGAUACUACAUUAAUCAUAAUGAGUGGAAGGUAACUUGCAAACAUCCGGUGACAGGACAUACAUCACAAGAAAACUGUAUAUUUGUCAUGAACGACAAUUUCAGGACUGCUGCAGCAAUGGCAUCGCAAGAAAGAAAAGACCGACCAGUGAGCAUGGUGAGUGAAGUUUCAACCUACACGAUGGCAUCCGAAAUGGCAUUGCUUCCAAUGAGUCCUGCAGGCAGGUCAUCAAGGCCUUCAAAGAAAAUUCACAAUUUUGGCAAAAGGUCAAACUCUAUUAAGAGGAAUGCAAAUGCACCAGUGAUAAAGCGUGGCUGGCUUUAUAAACAGGACAGUACUGGUAUGAAACUCUGGAAGAAGCGCUGGUUUGUGCUUGCUGAUCUGUGCCUGUUCUAUUAUAGAGAUGAAAAGGAAGAAGGCAUUCUGGGAAGCAUUCUUCUACCUAGCUUUAAGGUAGCUCCAAUUAGCCCUGAAGAUCAUAUAAAUCGAAAAUAUGCAUUCAAGGCUGCUCAUCCAAAUAUGCGGACUUAUUAUUUCUACACUGAAACAGCCAAGGAAAUGGAGUCCUGGAUGAAGGCUAUGAUAGAAGCUGCCCUUGUUCAAACAGAACCCGUGAAAAGGACUGAAAAACUAACAUCUGAAAUUGUAGCGCCCAAAGAGGUUAACCACAUUGCAAACCACAAAAUGUUAGUGAAGCCUGAACUUCAGAAUAACCAAAAAAAUAUAGACCCCACUCUGGGCCUUCGACAAAUAGACAAUAUGAGCAUCACUCAUGCUGACAAAUAUGGUUUUGAGGCCGAAGGACUGGACCAGCACAAGCCUUUAACUAAAAUCAAUAGUAUAAAACUGCAGCCUGCAGAAAGCGAAGAUGUCACAUCAGGUACCAACAACCUUCAAUCUCACCAGUACAAAUCUCAGCAUGCAAAUGCUUCCAACACGCAGAGCCCAAUCGGACCCGUCGGUGUUUCUGUAGAAAAUGUGGACACUGGAAGAGAAAGGCUGAAUGACAGCGGAAGGGGCAUUCAAAGGACUAAUUCAAUGGUGCAGUUGGAACAGUGGGUGAGAACACACAAAGGAAAGAGCCAAGAGGAAGAACCUAGGAGCAUCACCUGUUAUCAAACAUUACCAAGAAACCUGCCGAGCUAUCGGGCUCAGGUCAUACCAUGUUACAGGACAAUGCCACGUCAGAGUACGACAAGACCUGACAGCAUCUGUUCAGUGUCACCUUCUGCAUAUGAUAGGGUGCUUCGACCACCUUCAUCAGAAGAAAAACGGAAGUCAAUGCGAGAUGAUACCAUGUGGCAACUAUAUGAAUGGCAACAGCGUCAAGUUUACCAUAAGCAUGGGACACUAAGCAGACAUGGUACUUUAAGUACUCCUGUUACCAUGAUGAAUAUUGUUGAUCAGUCACGCUCUAUUCCUCCAUCACCUUCUCAUGGUUCACUGGCCCCCUACCAGGUAUACUCUCCCCUGAGAUCUUACAACAUUGAAUCAAGAUCAGAAGUAUUGUCACCUAUUUUAAGAGGAGACGUGACCAUUGAUUCCAUGAAAUCCCGGCGACACAGGGCACCUGUCAACAAGUUUGUCUAUCCACCAGACAGAAGGUCGAUGCCUGCUACUGUACCUGUACAGACUAUUACACCUGAGAGCUUGCAGGGAAAAACGCCAGAGGAGCUGACACUGCUGCUAAUCAAGCUGAGGCGGCAGCAAGCAGAGCUGAACAGCAUCCGGGAGCACACAGCAGCACAGCUUGUGCAGCUGAAUCUCAGUGACGCAAAUCCCAAGAAUGAUAUCCUCAUUCAUCACCUUCAAAGAAACCUCGUGUAUUUGGAUUAUCAGAUGAAAGAAAAUGAACCUUUAAUCGCCUCGGUUCACACUAUGAUUGAGAACUCGGCACCAAGGCCACAAGUAUACAAGCAACUGGCUCAGCAGGAUGAUUACAGAGAAACUUUAUACAGCCACAGACGUGAAAAUCUGGACAUUGAUGGUAAACUGAGCCAGCUGUGCGAGCAGGAUAAGGUUGUUCGUGAACAAGAGGAGAAACUGCAACAGCUACACAAGGAGAAACAUACACUUGAACAAGCUUUACUGGCUGCAAGUCAGGAGAUUGAAAUGAACGCAGAAAACCCUACUGUAGUGCAAAGUGUAGCCUUACAGAGAGACGUCUUACAAAACGGAUUGCUCAGCACUUGCCGGGAGGUAUCAAGAGCCACUGCAGAACUGGAAAGGACAUGGAAAGAGUAUGACAAAUUAGAGUAUGACGUAACUCUGGCAAGAAACCAUUUACAAGAACAACUGGACAGAUGUGAUGAAGUUCAGGUCGAGUUGAUUGGUCAACAACGCCCUCAGAUUCAAAAGGAGCUCUGGAGAAUUGAUGAUGUUAUAGAAGGGCUCACCAAAAGCAAACAGCAAAGAAUGACUUCUGGGAGCAUUGGUGCUGCUGGGCCACAGUCUGGAACUGUUUCUACAUUAAGGUGUAAUCGGCAGGAGGGUCCUGAUUAUCGACUGUACAAGAGUGAACCAGAACUGACAACUGUCACAGAAGUUGAUGAAUCAAAUGUGGAUGAGAAAUCAGAAGUGGUGCCUGACAUAGAAAGUGUCGCAUCUAAAGGUUUGUCUUUUCCAGUUGGUAUAGUCCCUCCUAGAAGCAAAUCCCCAAUGCCUGAAUCUUCCACAAUUGCUUCUUACGUUACAUUAAGAAAGCAUAGAAAGGUGGAUGGAGCUGGACCUCACAUGGAAAGACCCAAGAGUGCAGUUGAGCAGCUUUUCCUAGCAGAAGGUCCUCGACCUCGAAUGAGUGUUGAGGAGCAGCUUGAAAGGAUAAAACGUCAUCAGCAAGCUUCUCUAAAAGAUAAAAGGAAAGGAUUGAGUUUGAUAACUCUGCAAGAUCAGUCACCAGCAAAGAGUCUUUCAAGAGAGAAGAACCAGACAAAGCCAAUUCAUUCUGGAGACAAGUAUUCACUUCAUAGAAGCAAAACUGCUGAAAGUAAUAUCAAAGAGUUGGAAGCUGCUGUUCAAAAUGACAAUUGUGGUCAACAUCGAGAGACUGCGGCAGAGGAAAUCGCUCGUUUAAAAGAAGGGAAUGUUGAGCCAAAUCAGCAAAAGUUGGAAAGCAGAAAAGAUUUCUCAGACCAAGUGCUCGUGUCUGAAAGGUGUAUUGAAGCAGAGUCCGAAAUACUAAGUCAUGACAAAACUGUGGAUAAACAGAAGGAUCUUGAUGAAAUAAAGUCCGGAAGCAGUGUGCAAACUGUGGCCCCCAUUGUUAACCGCAAAACCGAUAUCAGGGCUGAUGAGGAAAAUGCUCAGGAAGGAGUGAAGAUGAUUAAUAUCUCCAAUGAACUAGCUGCAGAUGCAUCAAGAAGAAGCAAGCUUGUAGCAGAAAAAAGCCUGUCUUCUCCACCUCAAUCCCCAACAUCCCCAUCGCACCAACCGCUCACAGAAGGCUCUCACUUUAUGUGUGUCUGAUGUGAUAAAAACCUCAGGCUGUAGCCACAGGUAAAUCAUACACAUCCACACAAGGCUGAGGCUCGAGGGACUUUGACUGCAUUCGGAAGUAUUGUGGGACUAUGGUCAAAAGUCGGUUUCUGUAUGGGGAAGUGGAGUGCACCGAGCACAAGAAUUCAAGCAAGUGCUGGCAGCGACACUUGAUUCACUAUUAAACACUCCUUAUAGGAACUAUCUUUUUGUUGGAUAUAAUGCCGAUAUAUUACGUACUUCAGGAGCACAAAUUGCUCCAGGGCAGUUUUUUAACUUACCCUUUUUAAAUUGCCUAUAUAUAUAUAUAUAUAUAUAAAGAGACCACAGUACAUUAGCGCACAUGGUGAUUAGGGUCUCAAUUCAGUUAAUAUGUCAAUUUAGUUUUCAUUUUGUAUUGCAUAGUAUGUAUGAUUUAAUGCCUGACUUUCAGUUUAAUAUUGCUCUGGCCAUAACCUAUGUGAAAUAGUUCACUGAUGUUUGAUGUAUACAAUAGGAAAUGUUUUACUUUUGUUUCCUUACUACUUUCAAUGAUUGCAGUGCCAUUGUACUGGUGCAGGUUAUUGCUGUUCCUUAGUAACACCAUCUGCUGUAACUAUAUAUAUUUAGUGUUGUAAUGUCUGCAAUUACUGCCAAACUGCUCUCAGCAAAUGUAAAAAUGUCACACUUUUCAUUGGUGCCCUAUGUUCUCUGCCUUUUGUGAACUUUUCAUACCAGCUUUAUGGAGCAAUUUGCUCCAACUUCAGUAUAGUUCAAAUGCAAAGCAAUAUGUAGAGGGCUUAAUAUUCAGUACCCCAUUGUAUGUAAAAAAAAAAGUGUAAUUAUGUUCAUUGUGUACAUAGCGUACAAUGAGCAGAGCCUAUAAUUAUAAAAAGCUACUUUCAAGUGUUAAUAUGCAAUAUUCAUAUCACAUUCUGUUUUAUAUCAUGUUAUAAUAAAUGGCAAUGUUAAAUUUGGUGAUGGUAUUUUAAUAUGCAUUUAUUGCUGAUACAUACCAAUAAGAAAAAUUACCUGAAGAAAUAUUUACUUGCAUUGUAAUGUUAAGGUAUCAAACUUGAUUUUUGACUAUUCACAAAUAUUGAAAGUUUUUUCAUUAAAUCUUAAAUCCUAA